AUGACUGAACCGCACAUCGUCGCAGCUCCGAACGAGUACCGCCUCAAUGCCCCUCCUGAUGACGGCAUAACAGCGGUGCAUUUCCAACCAGAAGGUACGAAGUUGUUGAUGCUCUCGUCUUGGGACGGCUCGGUGCGCCUUUACGAACUUAGCGGAACCUCCACCAACUACCUCCGUACCUGCGGUCUCGAUCAUUACGUGAAAACGUACGACUUUGCUCACAAAACCAUUCUUGGAGCACAUGAGGCUGGCGUUCGAUGCAUUACCUAUUCACCAGAAACAUCGUUGGUUGCUUCGGGAGGAUGGGACGGGUGCGUGAAAGUUUGGGACCCGAGGGCGAAUCGCUGUUCUGGAUGCUUCAAUCAGCCUGAUAAAGUGUAUACAAUAGACGCGUGCGGUGACAGACUGAUCGUUGGAACGGCCGGACGCAAGGUAUGGAUAUGGAACUUGCGGAAUAUGGGUGCAGGCCCUGAGCAGAAGCGAGACUCGACGCUCAAGUAUCAGACGCGGUGCAUACGCUCAUUUCCGAACAAAAAGGCCUAUGCCUUGAGCUCAAUCGAAGGUCGGGUGGCCGUCGAAUACGUUGAUCCGAAUCCAGAGGUGCAGCGGCAAAAGUACGCAUUCAAAUGUCACCGCUUGAAAGACGAAACCUCGUUGCAAGAGCUGAUUUUUCCCGUCAAUGCGAUCGUCUUUCAUCCAAUCCACAAUACGUUCGCCACCGGCGGUUCGGAUUGCAUUGUUAACAUCUGGGACCCAUUCAACAAGAAGCGUCUUUGUCAGUUUCACAAGUACCCUACCAGCAUCAGCUCGCUGGCAUUCAGCUCGGAUGGUAAUUAUCUGGCUAUCGCUGCUUCUUAUCAGUACGAAUACCCGGAAGACCCGAACCCUAUCCCGGAACCGUGUGUUUUCAUUCGAAAAAUGGUUGACCAGGAGACGAAGCCUAAGUUAUAA